CACCCCCGCAUUCUCAAAAUCAUAUUUUCAUAUAAUACAUAAAAGAUAAAGAAGAAGAAAAAGAUGGCAGUCUCAUCCAGCUCGUCCAAGUCGAUCAUGAAGAUAGCAGAGAUGGUGAUGCUCAUUGUGAUGGCAGCGACGGUGGUCGAUGGACAGAGCUGCAAUGCACAGCUUAGUGGACUGAACGUGUGUGGUGAGUUUGUGGUUCCCGGAGCUGACAGGACGAACCCGAGUGCCGAGUGUUGUAAUGCUCUUGAGGCAGUACCAAACGAAUGUCUUUGCAACACGUUCCGCAUUGCCUCUAGGCUUCCCUCUCGCUGCAACAUCCCUACACUUUCCUGCAGUUGAUAUGGAUCUUCCCAUAUCAACUCAAAACGUUAUAUGAGAAGCAUGACAAGAGAUCACGGAGAUGGAUACAUCUAAGAAUAAAAAAUUCGGAGUUUGAGUUGUUGUUUUUUUGUUUUUGGCUUUUGUGUAAAACCAAUGGGUUUGGAAUAAAAAAUGAAUAAUAUUGGAGUAAAAUUAUAUUCUCUCUCUUUUAUAUGGUUUAUUAACUUUAAAAAAAAAAAGACAAAAACUUGAAUGGUUGAACUUAACGUUGACAAAUGAAUCCUACAGGUAGAUCAGCCGU